UUCCUUUGGUGUGGGAGUAGUGGUUCAUUCGUGAUCAUUCUCUUAAGUCUUAAAUCUGCGGCUAAAUUAAACGACGCCUCUAGCAUUGCAACUAAAUUGAGGCUCCAAAAUUGACAAGUAGCACAUAACCAAGUGGUCGUAAGUAACUGUCCAUCCAUAAAAAAUGCAAACCCCGCGGUCUUACACCACCACAAGGUUCUUUGCCUUGACACCAACGAGCCACCACCUACGGCCUCCUCAGCUUCUCUGAAAGUUCGUUCAGUUCCAAAAGUAGUAAAAAAAGGGAAAAGCAAUAUUUCCUUGAACUGAUAUCUGAAGUCCAACAAAACUGACAACCCCCAAACCUGGCCUGAAUUCGACCAAUUUUAACUCGAGAAAGAAAAUAGUAGAAGGAGACACCAUAGAUACCGAAUUUCACCCCUUUGGUUUCCCACUCCCAACAAUGGCAUCGACGCCGUUCUCAAAACUCCCCUACGACGUCGUUCUAAACAUCUUCUCGAAGCUCGAAGACGACUCCAAAAGCUGGGCUUGUCUCGCUUGCGUCUGCACCAAAUUCUCCUCUCUAAUUCGCAAUACCUGCAUGAAACAAAAAUGCUCCAAAACUAUCCCCGCCGUUUGCGCCGAUCUCCUUGCCUCAUCAUCCGCCCCACCCGGCCAGUGGGCCUCCCUCUACAAGCUGUCUGUCUGCUGCCCAGGUCUCUUCCACGCUGGCGUCCUUCUAGAGAACUCCGAUUUCGGCCUUGAACGCGAGCUUGGCCCCGACGAGAAUUAUCAUAAGCCAGCUAAUUUCCAAGACUCAACGCAGUCCACCGAGCCCUGUUACAGCAGAACGGAAGGCAAUCCCAAUCCGAAUCAGGAAGUGGACGUUCCCGGGUCCCAUUGUUCCUGGUCACUUUUCGAUGAUCUCUAUUACGACACCGUUUAUAACGCGUCCGAUUCCAUAGAUGGUUAUCCUGAACAAAUAAUGAAUAACGGAACAACUAAAAUUGAGCGUGAAUUUUCCGUUUGCAAAAGAAGGAAGAUUUGUAGACCGCUGAGGUCUCAUUUAGCAUCCGGUAUUUGGAAUUUAACCCGAGAACGAGGGAAUAAGCUAUUAGCGAGCCGGUUUCGAGGUGAUUGCUUAUACAUUUGCGAUUGGCCGGGAUGCGUUCACACAGAAGAGAAGCGAAAUUACAUGCUUUUCAGGGGCAUUUUCAAGAAUUUCAAGAACUCUCGGGUGUGGAGGACGAUAAAUGAUGGGAACAGAAGCAAGAUUGAUCUGAAUUGCGCUUUUUGCUCUUGCAAACAGACUUGGGAUUUGCAUUCUGCUUUCUGUUUGAAGCGGGUUUUCGGGUACCAUGACGAUGGAGAGCCUGUUGUUCGAGCUUAUGUCUGUGAGAAUGGACAUGUUUCUGGUGCUUGGACUGAUUUGCCGUUGUACACUUAGGAGAGUGUAUCACAUCAAAAUUCCUAGUCAGUUAUAUUUUAUUCAAAUAAGUGGAAUUUGCAAUGUGACAAGUACUAAGUAGCAAUAUUGUGUUUGAGCUUUGAUGAAAGAAUGAUGUUCUUUUCAAUUUGGUUUUCUCAGAAGAUGAGACUGCGGUGUUUGAGAUAUGGUUAUGUCUAAUUUCUUAACUAAGCUUGUUUUAAUCCGUUACAUUGUAUAUUGGCAUUGAAUCAAUUAGAUUAUCGGGUCAGAUUGCGUGCACAGCAAUUGUUCAAUGGGUUGAAUUUUCCGUGAUUGAACUUUGGGAAAUGAAAUUUCACAGCUUAUGAAAUGAUGGGAAAUUAUUUUUGUCUCCAUUAAUAACAGAUUAUAAAUUAUAAAGAUGAUAGUAGUGGAAGUUGAAUUUCAGUCUCUGAACUAGUAUUCGUUUUCAGAUUUUAAUUAUUAUUUAUUCUGCUAUUAAUCAAUUUGUUUGAAUGUGCUAAUUCAAAGAUUAGAUAUAUUUUGGGAAGUAAUAUGUGUGCCAAUGUA